AUGGACACCAUCGAGCUCACCGACUUGUCACAGCGCCGACAGCCUACCCAACAACGGACACAACAACGAUCAGACUUGGACACCAAUACAUUCAUUCAGGCUGCCGUUCUUGCAGCCCUGGGCCUGCUUCUAGCGUUGUUUCCAGGUUUCGUCCAGUACCUUGCUGCAGAACGUGGGAGUGACACCAAUUCACACCUCGAGCGCUUCCUCUCACUCCACUUUGGGAUCUACCUGUUGGCAUUCGCUGUUUCUUUGCUAUUGAACACAAAGGCACAUCCAUUGCUCGUGCCACUGACCGUGGCGUCAUCAUUAUCCACCUUCCUGGCCUACAACACAAACCCUCCCCAUUCUUUCGCAACUACAUUCUUCCUCGCGAAUCUCAUACUAGCUGGGUCCGGUUGGAUAAUGAUACUCUUCCCCACUGAGGACCUGUCCAAGACGACUGGCGCAGACAAACGAACGUCUGCCUUCAUAUUCGGUAACAAGUCCGCAGCGUCCCGCAUUAAGAAGGCAUGGAGGAGGGAGACAGAGUCCAGGUGAUGGAUAAGUUUCAAGGUCGUUCCCAUUAUCGGCCACCCAUCCCGCCCAUCAUCUUUCCAAACAUAUCCGCCAUGUUAGGCAUGCCGCCCAGUCCCCCCAAUCCUCCGAGACCACCCAAUCCACCCAAUCCCCCUAGCCCUCCGCCACCCAUUUGUGCCAUCAUUCCUGUAACAUAUCAGCCAUCUGUUACAUGUACACGAAGCAGUUUGCUUACUUUGCA